AUGGGUUUAUCGCAACGCGUCUCUACCGUAAGACAAAUCAAAACCGACAUAGUCAACACUCAGGAUCACGUAAUCGCCAGCAUGAACCUCAUGUUGGAAAAAAGUCGAAGGAUACAAAAUAUGUAUAAUGACAAUGGUUCCAUAAAAAAUGCGCUUUCCGAGUUGGAAUGCACAGCGAAAGUCGCAAUCGAAAACGCCAAAGAAGUUCAACAGGAUAUCAGAUAUUUGUGCGAAAAAUUCGAGUCUUUGGAUACGAUGAUGGAGGAUGGUGGUGACAAGAUGAAAUUGAUGGAAUGCGAAGACGCGUUCAAAGUUAUCAGAGAAAAACACGAAGCAUUUCAAGAUUUGUUCCGGGAGCAAGUGGAAAGGAUGAAUAAUUUAUUGGAUUUCGUGGAAAAAUUUGGGUGUAUAUUUGUUCUUUGA